CGGGCACCCAGAGCUGGGAUGCGGCUGCUGGCGGCCGAGGCGGGGAACAGUUCCAGGCGGGGUUGCUAGCCGUGCGCUAGCAGAGGAGUCCGGCUACUGCAGGUUUCUCUGGACGCGUGCACGAUGCAGCGGGCGGCGGCGCUGGUCCGACGGGGCUGCAGCCCCCGGACGCUGGUGGGCCCCUGGAGCCGUGGGCAGAGCAGCGCGGCUGCCGAGGCCUCGGCGGUCCUCAAGGAGCGACCCGAACGGAGCCGGCGCGAGCGCAUCCUCACGCCGGAAUCCAUGAACCCGCAGGUGAAGGCGGUGGAGUACGCGGUGCGGGGACCCAUCGUGCUCAAGGCCGGCGAGAUCGAGAUGGAGCUGCGGCGAGGUAUCAAAAAGCCAUUCACUGAGGUCAUCCGUGCCAACAUUGGGGAUGCCCAUGCAAUGGGCCAGCAACCAAUCACCUUCCUCCGACAGGUGAUGGCGCUCUGCACCUACCCAAACCUGUUGGACAGUCCCAGCUUCCCAGAAGAUGCUAAGAAACGAGCCCGACGGAUCCUUCAGGCUUGUGGAGGGAACAGCCUGGGAUCUUACAGUGCUAGCCAGGGUGUCAACUGCAUUCGAGAGGAUGUGGCUUCCUACAUCACCAGGAGAGAUGGUGUGCCUGCAGAUCCUGACAACAUUUAUCUAACCACUGGAGCUAGUGAUGGCAUUACUACCAUCUUGAAGAUCCUGGUGUCCGGAGGAGGCAAGUCACGGACGGGUGUGAUGAUCCCUAUCCCGCAGUACCCCCUCUACUCAGCAGUCAUCUCUGAGCUUGGUGCCAUCCAGGUGAACUAUUAUCUGGAUGAAGAGAAUUGCUGGGCCCUGAAUGUGAAUGAGCUCCGACGUGCUAUCCGGGAGGCUAAAGAUCACUGUAACCCCAAGGUGUUGUGCAUCAUCAACCCUGGGAAUCCCACAGGUCAGGUGCAAAGCAGGAAAUGUAUAGAAGAUGUGAUUCACUUUGCUUGGGAAGAGAAGCUCUUUCUCAUGGCUGAUGAGGUAUACCAGGACAAUGUGUACUCUCCCGACUGCAAAUUCCACUCCUUUAAGAAGGUGCUUUAUGAGAUGGGUCCUGAGUACUCCAGCAACGUGGAGCUCGCCUCCUUCCACUCUACCUCCAAGGGCUACAUGGGCGAGUGUGGCUACAGAGGAGGCUACAUGGAGGUGAUCAACUUGCACCCUGAGAUUAAAGGCCAGCUGGAGAAGCUGCUUUCAGUGCGUUUGUGCCCACCAGUGUCAGGGCAGGCUGCCAUGGACAUUGUAGUGAACCCCCCGGUGCAAGGAGAGGAGUCAUUUGAGCAGUUCAGCAGGGAGAAAGAGUCUGUCCUGAGUAAUCUGGCCAAAAAAGCGAAACUGACAGAAGACCUGUUUAACCAAGUCCCAGGAAUUCACUGCAAUCCCUUGCAGGGAGCCAUGUAUGCCUUUCCUCGGAUCUUCCUCCCCACCAAAGCUGUGGAAGUUGCUCAGGCCCAUAAGAUGAAACCUGAUAUGUUCUAUUGCAUGAAGCUCCUUGAGGAAACUGGCAUCUGUGUCGUGCCCGGAAGUGGCUUUGGGCAGAGGGAAGGCACUUACCACUUCAGAAUGACCAUUCUCCCUCCAGUUGAGAAGCUGAAGACGGUUCUUCAGAAGGUGAAAGACUUUCACAUAAAGUUCCUGGAAAAGUAUGCAUGAGGUCUCUGUGAGCCCGAAGGAUACCAGGGCCUCCCUCCUAGUCUCCACCAGGCCAGCCUGAAUGCACCGCCCCCAGAAACUCUGCUCAGACUUUGACAGGGUCACUGGUAGCUUUCAUCAUUAUUUUACCCCAGGAGACAUUUUUCUCUGUGCCUUGAUGUUGGGAACACUUCUCUUCUGAGCAAAUGUGAAUCGAGAAUGUCCCAGAGCCUUGAUUUUUGGAGGAUUUUGAAUGCAACCAAAGUAGAAGGAAUUUGCUCAACAUAUGUGGCCAGCUUUCUCUGAAUUUAUUGUUGAUUUGAAAAGUUCAUUUGGGGUUUUAAAUAAUCAGAAUGUGUUGAAUGAGAUGUUUUAAUACUGGAAAAAUAAGGUGUUGGGUAAUAUAUGACCUGACCGUGGUGAGGACUGGAAAACUCUAACUCACCAUUGUGAUCUGUGAAAUAAAACCCUUAGUAUUGUGAACAUCUAGUCCUUCAAAGAGGAGUGCUCAUAGUUCACUGGAGACUCAGAGCACUCCCUACCCCAUAUCUGCCUGAAGGCAGAGGCUUGUCUUUCAGACCUGAAUGGUGAGGGCAGCAGGGUUGGACUGCAUAUUAAGUUAUGGCAGGUGCUGGGGUUCAGAUGAAUAUUAGAGAGGAGGAAAAUAUGAAAUAGACUCCAUAUUGAACCUGAGUUCCACUUGGAAGCAGGCAGAUGGUAGCAAAAACUGCACAUAAGGGCUUUGGGCAGACUUAGUCUGGGAUCCUGGUCUCCUUGGACUCAGUCCAGCAGUUUCUCAGUCACAGAAAGGGACUCUUGGCUGUAGACUAUAGGUCCAUCUCAAGAACAGUUGCCCAGUAGCUAUUGUUCCAUAAGGUUUGGGUUGGUUGUGACUUUAUACAUAUUGACCCUGCUGGCCUUGGAGGAGGGACUUCUUGGGGAAAUUAGUAAACACUAAAUGUCCUAAUGAGGGAUAAUUCUCCUCAAAACCAUGACUUUAGACAAGCUCCCCUCCUUGUUAGUGUCUGUUGAGGUAUUUCAAACUGAAUUUGACCCACUUCUAGCUCCUCAUUGGUCAAAGUGCAUAGUAGGUGGCUGCAUGAAAGAGCACAGUGUUCUGAUUAGAAGUUUAUAAGCAUGGUUUAAUUUAACAUGAAAUGUUUUGCUUCAGUAUUUGCUGGUGGCUCCUUUCCUAGAUUCCACAGACUAUGUCCUACAGCAUCAAUUAUCUCUCAUAUUUACCAUGCGUGCAGCUUCCAGAGUGGGACCUCACCCCACAACCCCAGAGUGGGUGCUACAAGAUAGCAGGUUAUGUGGUCAGAGAAACCUCUCUUCCCAUUGGCCUUUUCACAUCAGUUAAUAAAGUCAAGGCCAGGGGCCAGAGCCAUAGCACAGUGCUUGCACGCUGCUCCUGGGUUUGAUCCCUGGCAUCCCAUAUGGUCCCUCAAGCCUGCCAGGAGUAACCCCUGAGCACUGCUGGGCAUGAUCCAAAAUCAAAAAGAAUAAAGAAAGUCAAGGCCAGCUCAGGAGUCAGAGUAUCCAUCAAGUCCCAAAUAUUAUCAUUACAGGAGCUGGAGCAAGAAAUCUGAAGGAAAUGAAAUGAGCUUUAAAGGCAGCCUCUGUGCUCUUACUUCAUACUGGGCUCAUGCAGGGAACUGUAGGGAAGACCUUACACUGUCACUCCUCUCUUGAAUUGUAGUCCCUAUAAAGUCGCCACGGUUUCCAAGAACAAAGGGAAUGUUGUGGAACUUUUCCUUUCUUAAAAAAUUGUGAAAAUUGCACUUCAGCGUGUUGUAUGGAAUAUGAACCAGGAGCCUGUGAAAUUUCUGAUGAAAAGGUUAAAUAGUAGAAGCUAGCAUAUAUUUUAUAUUUUUGUAACAACUGCUUUUUCAUGGGGGGGGGGAUAAGGGUUAGUAUUUGCAGUUUUAACAAGUCCAGUAGUUUUUUUUACAAAAAUAUCUUCAGAUUAUAAAAAAAACUCUAAAAACUUUGCAGCAUUUACAUGAUUUUUUAAAAAAAUUCUAUAUAUGCUUGACUUACUUUUAAAAUAAUCAUAAAUAAGAUGCACUGGUUUAGGAGGUCAACUUCAGCUAAGAAAGCUGAUGGUAAUAGAUUUGAUUUUCUACAGAUCCUAUUCUGUGACUUCACUAUUCAGCACCAUCAAAGAAAGUUAUGUCAUUUGGGGUAGCACUUUAUGUCUGCAUCUGUGAAGCUUUUGUCCCUCAUCUUGCUCCACAAUGGAGAAUGCUGGGAUUGUGCCAUGGUGGUUCUUGAAACAUGCUCACACUUGUCCUCUUAUUGGGUGCAGGAAGAGUGGACAAGCACCCUGUCUCUGUUUUCUGACUUAGAUUCUCAUAGGCAUCUUCUGACAAAGGUACUGGUAGCUCUGCUGGACAUUUCUAAACAAUAAACUACAUGUACAAAAUGA